ACUGUUGGGGACGGCGUGGCAGGCAGUCGCUGAACCCGGACCGAGGGACUCCCCACAACACAGGCACGGCUCGUUCAAGAAAAGAUACCUGCUUUGGAGCAAAGGAGAAGUGCACAUCACCUGCAACCUAAGGGACAGGCGUAUCCUUCAACACUGUGUGACACAUCGCUGCCAUCUACAAAUGUACUUCAUCGUGUCCGCAGGAAGAUCCUCACUCACCUUUGUCCUGAGUACAAAUGCCCUAUUCUUGGAAGCGACCCAUGCUCCUGUCUGUGCAUGAGCCCAUGCCCACCACGGCCUCCUUUGGCAUUGAAAUGUUCAAUGUCACCACACAAGUCCUCGGAUAUGCUCUUAACAGGACCCUUUCAGAGGACAACUGCCUAGACACGGAGUGGUGGAGCUGGCUCAAUGCCACCCAGGCCCCCUUCCUCUGGGUCCUCUUCCUGCUGGCCGCACUGGAGAACAUCUUUGUCCUCAGCGUGUUCUGUCUGCACAAGAACAGUUGCACUGUGGCCGAGAUCUACCUGGGCAACCUGGCAGCCGCGGACCUCAUCCUGGCCUGCGGAUUACCCUUCUGGGCCAUCACCAUUGCCUAUAACUUCGACUGGGUGUUUGGAGAGGUGCUGUGCCGUGUGGUGAACACCAUGAUCUACAUGAACCUCUACAGUAGCAUCUGCUUCCUGGUGCUCGUGAGUAUCGACCGCUACCUGGCGCUGGUGAAGACCAUGUCCAUGGGCCGGAUGCGUGGGGUUCGCUGGGCCAAACUCUACAGCCUGGUGAUCUGGGGCUGUACGCUGCUUCUGAGUUCACCCAUGUUGGUGUUCAGGACCAUGAUGGACUACAGUGAAGAAGGCCACAAUGUCACCGCCUGCGUCAUCGUCUACCCGUCCCGCUCCUGGGAGGUGUUCACCAACAUGCUGCUGAACCUGGUGGGCUUCCUCCUGCCCCUGAGCGUCAUCACCUUCUGCACGGUGCAGAUCAUGCGGGUACUGAGGAACAACGAGAUGAAGAAGUUCAAGGAGGUCCAGACGGAGAGGAAGGCCACCGUGCUGGUGCUGGCCGUCCUGGGGCUCUUCGUGCUGUGCUGGGUACCUUUCCAGAUCAGCACCUUCCUGGACACGCUGCUGCGUCUCGGCGUGCUGUCGGGAUGCUGGGUGCCUGUCGUAGAUGUCAUCACACAGAUCAGUUCCUAUGUGGCCUACAGCAACAGCUGCCUCAACCCGCUGGUGUAUGUGAUCGUGGGCAAGCGCUUCCGGAAGAAGUCCCGAGAGGUGUACCGGGCACUAUGCCAGAAGGGAGGCUGCAUGGGAGAGCCCAUCCAGAUGGAGAACUCCAUGGGGACUCUGAGGACCUCUAUCUCAGUGGACCGGCAGAUCCACAAGCUGCAGGAUUGGGCAGGGAAGAAACAGUGAACAGAAGCCACCAGGCAGGACUACUGCCGAGUGUGUGAGGACUGGUGAAACCCAAUCUCCUCAGCCUGGGUUCAGGAAGGAGCUUGAAGCAUCCUAGGCAACCUCGGGGAAUCAGGCAGGUGACUCCAGCCCUGUCUCAUGGCAUAAGCAUGCUGUGGGGAAUGGGUAGCCUGGAACACAGUAGGAUCACACUUACUGGCUGAUGCUCUAAUUCUCCAUGAGUAGAGGGGUCAUGGGGUAGGGAUGGGAGUGACAGAGCUUCCUUCCCUUUGGGGGAAGGACAGAGCUUCUGCCAGCUUUGGCCCUGUGGCUACAUGCACAGUAGGCAUGGCUGCCUCACUUCCUGGUUUCAAGGGUUUACGAUUUAUUGGCCUUCUAAGGUUAAAAUUCACGGAUUCUCUGCUAAGAGCCCAGAGACUGGGAUUCCAUGGCUCCUCUCACCCAUGGACAAGAUGGACAGCACAAAAGAAGAGCCCCAAAGCAUUUAUGGAGCACUUGCUGAAUACACAGCAUUGGACACUGUGGGCAAGAGGGAAGAAACGUAUAUGCAAUGUCUUAUAGGAACCCUGACAUUAGUGGAGAAAGCCGAGGACUUGCAGUUCCUACAAGGCUGCUGACCUGUGUGUCAAAGCAAGGACUGUGGGAGACGGGAGAGCAUGGGGCAUAGGUGAGCCAGUAACCCUGACACGGUAGUCUGAUCCCUGCCUCUGCUUCUUCUGCUGUAAUGUGAGGGUGUCCUGUGCUUUGAAAAGUGGGGUGUUAUGUGGCUGUGACAUAUCAGGACACACAUCACAUGGAGACACUUGGCAUGCUCUGUGGGAACAGUCAGUGUUGGAAGGCCCAGGACCUGCCUGCAGGUAUCCGAGGCCCUCACUCCCUUCUACCCUUCCCUCCUAGUAUCCCAUCCCUAUGCACACACAACAAAGCAUUUGCUACAUGGGGAAGGGCAGGAGACAGCAAGUGUUUGUUUUGCAACUAGACAAAGAAAAACAAUUCUGAUGGACCUGCCCAGGGGAUCCACACCUCACAGCCUGGCUGCAAAUUGGUAGCUGUCCAGGAGAGUCUAAGCUGCUUCACAGGGUCCCUAUCUCAGUGGCCAAGGACUGCCAAUUAGUGGUUUACUUAAGAGAGUGGCUCACAAAGCAGGGGACGCUACCAAAGAGCUGACCCGUCCAAGGUCGCUUAACCCAGGGGCGUUAAUUCUGGGCCCAGAUCCCUAUAUGGCCACAGAGUGUCUCACGAGUGAUGGCAGGGGUGGGUGGAGCUGCCUGGGCCCGGGAAUUCUGACAUGAGAACCACCCCCACCUUGAGGGGACAGCACACCAGCAGAUCUUCCACCAGAGAUACAAGGAUAGCCUCCUGGAUGGCUUCAGGGCCAGUCGGUUCCCCAUUAGAACCUACUCCAGGGGCCUUGGGUGAGCUCAGGCAUCAGUGGAGACGGUUGCCCCAGCAACCCUGCCAGAGACUUGAGUGACAGACACCACACUCGUAGUUCCAGAAUCUUCUACGGGAGUUUAUUUUUCCACGUGUCUGUAUCGGUUACUUUUCUUGGACCUGUGACAAACUUCCCGACAGAAGCCACUUAAGGGAGAGAGAAGGGUUAUUUUGACUCUCAGAGUCCAAAAAGGCUUUGCUCCCGUGUACCAGGGACUGUAUGGUAAGCGGAGCACCUGACAAAAGCAUCGUACUUCAGAGGGGACCAGUAAACCGAGAUACAGCUGGAACCAGGGAGGCAUAUGACCUUCAAAUGUCCGCCCCUAGUGACCUUUCACCUACUAAGUCCUACAUUCUAAAGGUUCCAUCACUUUCCAAAAUGGGGCCAGUGGUCAGGAAUGAAGGGAGGUGCAUUUCAGACUCAACUAUAACAAUGUCACCAUGGACUGGCUGGCCUCUGUGGCUAACACUAAGUCAAGCCCCUGGGGACAAAUGAGGAGACUAUCAAACAGCCUCUAACACCAAGCCACUUAGGAGCUGACCGCUCAAUAGCCAGGGCCUCUGAAGACUCAGGAAAUGAGCAGAGUUCACUGGUGUUUCUGACCAGGCUGGAGCCAAGGGAGAGGCUAUGUGGCAAAAAGCCCAUGAAUCUCCACCAAUCUGACUUUGAAUUUCCUAACAGAGAGAGGAUCUCAGGAAAUUCUUUCUCCAACCCAUUCUCUCAGACCCUAUUCCAACAAGCACACAGAACACGUGUGGCCAAAAGAAGGAAACAGAUGACAUAGGCCGAGAAUGCUGGGAUUCGGGGCUAAACGGGGACAACCUACGCCCAUACUGUUAAGGAGAAGCAGGGUCCCAUCCUCAGAGGAGGAGUCAGUGGGCUAUGGGUGUGAGGAACACAGCUGGCCAUAACCUGGGCCCCACAGGGUGGCUGAACGGUCCAGAACUGGGUCACUGCAGGGUCUGCAAGUAGGUGUGUGGGAAGGAAGCCCCCUUGUGCCUUGUGUCAACACCCUGAUGAGAAAUAGUGUCCAGUGAAAGAUGCCGGGAGCUCUGUACUGUGCAGAGGAUGUGGCCGGAGUGCCGACGAGGGAGGAGAGCUCUGUGUAAGCACACACCUCUUCUGUGCACUGGAAUAAACAGAGGAGUUUUUGCACAGUG